CGGCCAAGGUCUAAACCUCUGCAUCGAACGGGCACAGGAGUUGUCCCUUUUUUUUUUAAAAAAAAAAAAGAAAGAAAGGGAGAAAAAGGGAGGGGGACUGGCCCGGUCGGCGCUCUUCUUGAUGUUGUUCUGAAAGAGAGAAAGAAGCAGCAAGAUUUCAGAGGCUCGUGUGUGAACGAGUGAUGGAUCAGGAAUGAAGGAUGAGAAGUCCAGGAUCACUUCUGAAGCUUACAUUCUCGUUACUGUCUGAAAAGUGAGAUAGUUAUAAGCCUUCAAACAUACCUUUUACAGCAAGUUAGGAUAUGGAAACUGAUCAGAAACCGCAAACUCUAUAUCGCUGCAAAAGAUGCCGCAGGAUUGUUGCGGCUCAAGAGAAUGUGAUUCUUCACAAGCAGGGAGAGGGUGAACGAUGCUUCAAAUGGAAGAAAAGAGGUGCCCCCCUGGACGGUGACAAGAAACCCGAAUGCUCCUCAAUAUUUGUGGAGCCCAUGAAGUGGAUGCAUGCAGUACAAGAAGGCCAUGUUGAAGAGAAACUUUGGUGCUUGGGCUGCAAGGCCCGUUUGGGUUCAUUCAACUGGGCAGGCAUGCAAUGCAGCUGUGGAGCUUGGGUGAAUCCAGCAUUUCAGCUGCACAAGAGUCGGAUUGAUGAGUCCACUGCAUAAAGUGUCUGUAGGCAUGACAAUGUAUAGCAAGUUGGAAACCUGAGUAUCGAGAAUUCAGCUGAAUUUUCGAUGGCUCGCAAUGGUGCCAUCAGAAGAAAUAUUACAUUUAUGGCUUGAACUGAGUAUUAUGAUUUUACUUAUCUAGUGAUUUCUUUGAAAAAAACA